CAAAGCAUGAUUGCCUAAAGGGUUUGCUGGAAGAUUGUUCCUUUCUGGUAUAUCCACCAGCAUAUUUCUGGCUAUGCACCCUAAAGUAGACGAAAUUAGUGAAUCAUGACACAACCCUUCCCCAACCUUACCAUAUUUGCAGAUCAAAGUGGGACUGAUACCAGCUCGUUUAACGGGUACUUUGGGGGUAGGACAUGUGGAUAUAAAAGAGAUAUGAAUCCACGUCAAUAGAGUUUAACUUUACACAUUCCAUAGAAAACUUUCUAAUCAAUACCACAUCUACAAAUACAUACAUAUACAAUGAAGUACUUUGCUCCUAUAACAACUUUGGCUUCGAUUCUUGCUGUUGCCUCUGCUGAAUCUUUAUCUACUAUUCUGUCAACCAUAGUGUCGUCCACUUGCACAUCAUCAGCUUCUGUUGUGCCACAAUCUUUCGUGUACUCAAACAACUCCAUUCCAGUCACAUCUUCCUCAACUUCCACUCGUCACAAGACUACUUUAUACGAAUAUGAAACCGAUUCUCAAAACUCUGUCUUUGUUGUCACCAAGACUAUCUGCGAUGAAAACAGUGAUUGUGUAACCACCACCGAUCUUGAAAGCUUAACUACUCUUACCACUGAAGUUGAUGGUGUUUUGACUGUGUUAACUACUGUUACUCCAGUAUCGACAACGCCAGAAUUAUCCGCUGUUUCUACUAAGGCUGCUGCUGCUGGUGGUGCCUCUACCACUUCUGCUAUUACCACUUCUGCCGUUACCUCUUCUGCUGCUGGUAAGAAAACCAAGACUCUUGUUGACACUAUCGAAGACAACUCUAUCACCUUGGUCACCAAGACUGUUUGCAGCGCUGAAAAACCAUGUUACACUACUGUUGAAACUGAAUCAUUGACCACUUACACCACCACUGAAAAUGGAAUUGAAACUGUUAUCACUACUGUUUGUCCAAUCUCUGAAACUACUCCUGCUAGCAAGGCUCCAGUUCCUACCACAACUGCUGCUACUGUUACUCCAACUCCAGAAACAGAUUCUACCAUUACUGAAACUGAAAAGUCAACCACUGUUAUCACUAUUACCUCUUGUAGUGACAACAAGUGUUCUGCUGUUCCAGUAACCACCGGUUUGACUCAUGUCACAACCACCGUUAACAAUGUCGUUACUGACUACACCACUUUCUGUCCAUUGUCUUCAGAAGUUCCAACAGAAUCUACCGAAGUGAUCACCCCAACCACCACUCCAACCACUUCAUCUUCUACCACUUCUUCAACUUCUACCACUGAAUCUACUACUGAAGCUACUACUGAAUCUACUACUACUGAAUCUACUACUGAAUCUACCACUACUGAAUCAGCUACAACUGAAUUCACUUUCUCUACAUUUGUUCCAACUACUGCUAAGACUGUGUCCACUGCUGACACUACUGUCAAUGUUAUCACUAACAACAUUGUGACCGAAACCCCAGUCAUUCAAUCACAAACUUUCUACACCUUACCAUCAUCUGAAGCUCCAAGCAUCAGCUCUUACAACGGUGUCGGUAAAGUCAACGCUGUUGGUGUUGCUGGAUUGAUUAUUCCAUUCGUCUUUGCUCUUGUGUAAUGAGUUUAAAUUUUGCACCCAAAUUCAAGAACCAUCAAUGACCUCAAAGUGUUAAUAGACGAGCCAAUUAUUCAACUCUACACUUUACCUAUACCUGGUAGAACGUUGCAUUGGUCCUUCGAGUAAAUGCGUCCUUAAACUAAGCUGAAGUGGCGCGAACCGGAAUAUCAGAGCGAGUACCCAGGUUCAUGAUUGUAUACUAAUGACUUCAAAUAAAUAAUAAGAAACAUAAGAAAAAAUAA